AUGGGAAAGCGCGGACAAGAAAAGGGUGAGGAUACACCCAAGCAGCUGCGCAAGGAUCUGAUGCGCCAGUAUCAGCAAGCCAAAAGCGCACCCAAGCACCCUCACCCUCGUGGACCGAGGCAUAAAUCCACAGAUUGGCGGGCUGAUCGACACGAUGAGGAUGAAGACCAACAACAGCAGCAGCAGCAACAGCAGCAAGGGCAUGGCCAUCGCGGGCCCCACGGCCAGCAUGGACGACAGCAAACGUACGCGCCGCAGCCCGUGCCACCGGGAAGCAGCCAUCACAAGCACCACGAAGGUGGACACCACGCAGCCAAGUCCUCGCCGCGCCGCCCGCGCCACGAGGGCAAGCCACAAGGCAAGCACGGCAAGGCGUCGCCUCGAACCCCGCGCAGCCAGCGCUCUGCAGGACAUGCGCAGCGGUCGGAUGCACCGCGCUGGCGCAGCGAGCGGGACGGUGGCGACGACACCAAGGGCUCGCCGCGGACACCGCGUAGCCGGGGCAACCGCAGCAACCGCGGCCAUGGCGGAAACAACGGCAGCACCAGCCGCCCAAACUCCUCCAGGAGCAACCGCUCCACGCCUUCGCGCGGCCGAAACAUCUUCGAGCCAUACCUCUCCCCGGCCGAAGUGGAGAAGCGCGCUGCCCGCGGUGAGCUGGUGAUUGGCCGCCUCCGCGUGAACCCGAAGAACUACGAGGACUGCUACGUCAAGCACAGCGCGCACUACAAGCGGGACAUCAGCGUGCCCACAAUGACGGCACGCAACAGGGCGCUGGAUGGCGACGAGGUGGCCGUGGAACUGCUGCCCCGCUACUGCUGGCGCGUGAUGGAGACAGAGGCUGAGCGCGCCGCGGAGCGGACUGUGAAGGCCGGCAUUCCGCGGCGGCAGCAGCUGUCGCCCCUGCGAGCAACGCGCCGUGCUGCUGCUGAUGAUGAUGAUGUUGAUGGGGUUACGCAGCAGAUGAGCGAAUUGAAGGCGUCAGAACAGCGGAACGGCCGCGCAAACUGGACCGACUAUGACGACGACGACGAAGAGGUGGAGGCCGUGGUGGAAGAGAAAGAACAAGGCUCCAAUGACGAUGAUGAGGAUGAGGAGGAGGAGGUGAAGGAUUUGGAUGACAUUGACACGGAUGCUGUUGAGAAGAAAGGACACGAAGAGGACUUGAGUGGUCCGUUUAUGGGUCCAAUCGAGCACAGGAACGACAACAUCCCAGACGAGUUUCUCCUUCCCAUCGGCCGGGUAAGAACUCACCAGGCAAUGUGCUACAAGUACGUGCGCUUCAAUCCGCGCGAUCCGCGCGUGCCACGUCUGCUCAUUCCCAAGGACAAGGCCCCACAGGACUUCUACCAGAACACAAAGGCGUAUGCGGGCAAGUGUUACACGGCUCGCCUCGUGCACUGGUCGGAGCACUCGCCGCUUGCCAUUGGCGAGCUGGUGGAUGUGCUUGGCAACGCGGGCGCAAUCACGGUGGAGACAGAGUCCAUUCUGCAAGAGAACGGCGUGCCGCCAGCAGAGUUUACAGAGGACGUGCUUGCCUGUCUGCCGGACGUGAAGGAAGGUGACGACUGGCGCAUUCCACAGGAAGAGCUUGCGCGCCGGCGGGAUCUUCGCCACGAACGAAUCUUUUCUGUCGAUCCCCUGACAGCCAGGGAUCUUGAUGAUGCGCUCUCGUGCAAGAAGUUGGACGACGGGUCGUUUGAGGUUGGCGUGCACAUCGCAGACGUCAGCUUCUUCAUUGAGCGGGGCAGUGCCCUCGACAAGGAAGCGAAGCGGCGUGCGACGAGCACGUACAUGGUGCACGGCGUGUACCCGAUGUUGCCGCGUCUUCUCUGCGAAAACCUGUGCAGUCUCGUGGCCGACGUGGACCGCCUCGCGUACAGCGUCAUCUGGCGCCUCGAUGCCGACGGUAACAAGCUCGACCAGUGGAUGGGGCGCACGGUGAUUCGCUCGUGCGGGAAGCUUGCAUACGAGCACGCGCAGGCGGUGAUUGAGGAUGAGAGCGUGCAGUGGACUGGUGAGGAUUUCCCGCCCAUCAGCGCCCCACACACCAUCGACAGCGUUAAGCGCGACAUUGUGCAUCUCGACAGGCUGGCGAAGGCGAUGCGGCGGCGGCGCUUUGCUGGCGGCGCUCUCUCGCUGAACAAGGGCAAGGUCGGCAUCAGGGUCGAUCCAGACACGCAGGAGCCCGUCGAAGUGUACCCGUAUGAGAUUCGCGAUGCGAACCGCAUGAUUGAGGACUUUAUGCUGCUGGCAAACAUGUCUGUUGCUCAAGUCAUUUCAGACACAUAUCCGCAGUGCGCCCUUCUACGCCGGCACCCACCGCCCCUGCAGGCCAGGCUGCACACGGUUCGUGUUGUGUUGUGUUGUGUUGUGUUGUGUUGUGUUACAGUGUUGCUUGCAUCUCACUUGACCACCCACCUACCCAACCAACCCAAUCACCAACCAUGCACGCAACCGUCUCUGCUGCAGGUGCACGCGCUGGCGGCGAUGCUGGCGCGGGCAAUGCAGCUGGCAGAGUACUUCAGCACAGGCAGCGAGGAGCUGACGCGGCAGGAGUGGCGUCAUUACGCCCUCAACGCGCCCGUGUACACCCACUUCACAUCGCCCAUCCGCCGCUAUGCGGACGUGAUUGUGCACCGACUGCUGACGUCGGCGCUCAACGGCGAUAUCGACCCCCACUACGGUCAUCCACAGGUGGACGACAUUGCGGACACGUGCAACGUCCGCAAGCUCGCUGCGAAGCGUGCACAGGAGUCGAGCGUCUCGCUGUACACGUCUGCCUAUCUGGCAGCACACGGCCCCGUCGUUGCGCAGGCGGUGGUGAUUGAGGUCAUGUCAUACUCUGUCAAGUUGCAUGUGCCAAAAUACGGCAUUGAGCACCAGGCGAACCUCAAGCUGCUUGAUCUUCCCCUCAAGUACGAUGAGCGCGCUGGCAAACUCACGGUCACCUGGAACGACACCACCAAGCAGGAGUUGAUGCUGUUUUCGCACGUGAAUGUGCAGUUGACAUCGCAUUUCAAGAAGCAAAAGUACUUUGACAACGUGCGCAUCCUGCCACCACCCAAGUGA